CAGGCAAUUCAGAUGGAGCCAUUGAAUGUAGAGGUAGAUGAAUGGGAAAUUGAGGUGAGCCGUGUCCUGCCUCAAGAAGUCAUUAGACGAGGGGCGUUCGGAGCCGUACGGAGGGCUCUGCUGAGCUCACCAAAUGGAAGACCUGGAAACCGAACAGUCGCCACUAAAUGCUUCACGCCCACUGCCGGAGAGGAAGGAAGGAAAUGUUUGAUGAGAGAGAUUGAGCUGGGAAAACUUAUCGGUGAAAACAAUCAGCCAAACAUUGUAAAGUUCAUGGGCUGCGUUACAACUCAAAUUCACCCAAUUCUCAUCAUAGAAUACAUGCCAUGCAGCGACCUACUUGAUUAUCUGAGAAAAUGCCGAGGAGUGAGGGAUCGGUAUUAUCUUGGUGAUGGUAGGGCACAAGAUUUGACCAACUAUGAUCUUGUGAUGUUUGCCAAACAAAUCGCUGCCGGUAUGGUGUUCCUUGGAUCGAGAGAGAUUAUCCAUCGUGACCUUGCGGCCCGAAACAUUCUCCUCGAUAACAACUAUGUUUGCAAAGUGACUGACUUUGGCAUGGCAUGUCAAAGCUUUAAAUAUGGCCAGGGAAAAUUAAAAAGGGGAUGUUUGCCAAUCAAAUGGACUGCACCAGAAAUUCUGCUGGGAAAUCUCGCUAGACUUUCCACUUCGAGUGAUGCGUGGUCCUAUGGAAUCGUUUUGUAUGAGAUAGUUACCCUUCGAGGAAUUCCAUACGAUGGAUGGUCAGAAGGCAGGGUGGUUGCACAGGUCACAAAAGGAUAUCAGAUGCCAAAGCCUGAUCGUGUUGAUAAAAAAACUGCAUGAUAUGAUGAAACGGUGCUGGAAUUUUAACCCUGACUUCCGUCCUCCAUUUGAAAACCUGCGACAAAGAAUGGACAAAUACAUUCGU